AUGGCGGGUUCUCUGGGUUCCCUGGUUGUGGCAGGUGGAGGAGAGAGCAGCGACAGCGAAGAAGACUACUGGGAUAUAGGGUACAUGGAUCGGGCGCCUCAGACAAUGAAAGGGUCAUCAGUAACUGAAGAAAAAGAUGAAACCUUUAAAAAAGCUUUGACUUCAGGAGAUACUUCACUGGUUGAAGAACUUCUUAAUUCUGGAAUGAAUGUGGAAUCCAACUUUCAUUUUGGAUGGACUCCUCUUAUGUAUGCUGCUAAUAUUGCUAAUGUGGAGUUGGUGCGUAUCUUGUUGGACAGAGGGGCUAAUGCAAGCUUUGAUAAGGAUCAGUAUACUAUUUUGAUGGCUGCAUGUUCUGCACGUGCUUCAGAGGGUCAGAUUUUAAAGAGUGUAGAAUUGCUACUUUCAAGAAAUGCUAACCCAAAUGUUGCUUGCAGAAAAUGUAUGACUCCAAUCAUGUAUGCAGCACGAGAAGGCCAUCCUCAGGUUGUUGCUCUCCUUGUUGCUCAUGGAGCAGAAAUAAAUGCCCAAGAUGAAAAUGGUUAUACAGCCUUAAUGUGGGCAGCACGUCAGGGUCAUAAAAGUGUAGUUUUGAAGUUGCUUGAACUGGGAGCUAAUAAAACAAUACAAACUAAAGAUGGAAAGACAGCAGGAGAGAUUGCUAAAAGAAAUAAACAUCCAGAGCUCUUCACUUUACUUUCUUUGACUGUGAACCCAUUGCAAGGAAAGCUCCAACAUUUAACUAAAGAGGAAGCUAUAUGUAGACUUUUGACAACAGAUGGUGAGACUGGAAAAGACCACAAAUUUAGUUCAUAUACAGCUUUUGGUGAUCUUGAACUAUUUUUACAUGGACUUGGACUUGAGCAUAUGACAGAAUUACUAAAGGAAAGAGAGAUCACCUUACGGCAGCUUCUGACAAUGAGAAAGGAAGACUUUACAGAGAAUGGAAUUACUAAUAUUAGAGACCAACAAAAAAUUCUGGAUGCUGUUAAAGAAUUACAGGUAGAGGAGAUAAAAUUUGGAGAGUUGACUGAAGUGAUAAACUUGGAAAUCAGCGGUGAUGAGUUCCUCAAUUUCCUACUGAAAUUAAACAAACAGUGUGGUCAUUUAACUACAGCAGUGCAGAACAUAAUUAACCAGUUACCAGUAAAUUCUCAUAAGAUAGUACUAGAAUGGGGAUCUUCCCAAAGGUUUACAUCAGUUUGUGAAAAUUUAGUUGGUAAUGUUGAAGAUCUGGGUGAAGAAGUCUGUAAACUUAAAGACUUAAUUCAGAAGUUGCAAAAUGACCAGAAAAAUGAUCCCUGCCGUGUACCACCCAUAGAAACAUUUUCUACUUGGAACAGCAAAUUUUUGAAGAGAGCAACAUUCACAGUAUGCGGAUUUGGGUUUCUCCUCUUCAUUUGCAAGCUAACUUUUCAGAAAAGCUGA